UCCAGUCAAGUCAAUGUCUUGGGGUGGCUUUUGGGGAGGGUGAUCAGACACUUGUGAGAACAUCGAGCGAGAAGAUCAGGGGGGAAACAGACCACGAAGGAGCUCAAAACAUGGCAGAGGAGAAGAAAUUGGUGAUGCCCAGAGUCAAACUCGGGACUCAGGGGCUGGAGGUAUCAAAGAUUGGGUUUGGAUGUAUGGGCCUGUCUGGUGUCUACAAUUCUCCUGUUGCCGAACAGGAAGGGAUCGCUGUAAUCAAGUAUGCUUAUAGCAAAGGCAUCACCUUCUUUGAUACGGCUGAUAUAUAUGGAGCCAACGCCAAUGAAGUCCUUGUUGGGAAGGCCUUGAAAGAACUGCCAAGAGAGAAGAUUCAGCUGGCAACAAAGUUCGGGAUUGUGGGGGUUGAUGCUUCAAUGAUGAUGGUGAAGGGAACUCCUGAGUAUGCCCGCUUAUGUUGUGAGGCAAGCUUGACGCGUCUUGGUGUAGACUACAUCGAUCUGUAUUAUCAGCACCGAAUAGACACAUCAGUUCCCAUAGAGGAAACUAUAGGAGAACUUAAGAAACUGGUGGAAGAAGGGAAAAUAAAGUAUAUUGGUCUAUCUGAAGCAAGCCCCGAUACUAUCAGGAGGGCACAUGCUGUUCAUCCAAUUACAGCUGUUCAAAUGGAGUGGUCCCUCUGGACUCGUGAUAUUGAAGAUGAGAUAAUCCCCCUGUGCAGGGAGCUCGGCAUUGGAAUGGUCCCCUACAGUCCUCUUGGUCGUGGCUUUUUUGGAGGCAAAGCUGUUGUAGAAAGUUUGUCUCAAGACAGUUUUCUGGCAAACCACCCUAGAUUCCGGAAGGAGAAUCUCGAUAAGAACAAAAACAUCUAUCUUCGGAUUGAGAGCCUUGCAAAGAAGCAUGGGUGUACUCCUGCACAACUGGCACUAGCUUGGGUUCUUGAACAAGGAGAUGACGUAGUGCCAAUUCCCGGGACAACUAAGAUAAAGAACCUGGACGAUAAUAUUGGUUCUGUGGGGGUAAAAUUGACGGAAGAGCACUUGAAAGAGAUUUCUGAUGCUGUGCCUCUCAGCGAGGUGGCCGGCGGCAGAUCCUAUGAGAGCAUGGCUAAUGCGACAUGGAAAUAUGCCAACACUCCGCCAAAACCUUAGGUCUACACAUCCCAAAUGUCCCCAGAGUUUUCAGACUGAGAAGAAUAAGUUAUAUGAUAAGUCUUGUCAAUAACAGGCAGUAUAAUUUUGUACUGUAGUGGAAGUUAAACUUUGAAUUUGAUUGCAUUAUCUUCAGCUCGUUUCCCUCC